CCUGCAUAACCAACAGUUCUCCGAGACUUUCUAUACUUCUUCCUUCAUCCUUCUUCCUUAUAGCACCUUAAUCCUCCAUUUACGUCGCUGAUUUCUUGCUAACGGCCCAAUUCGAGAGUCAAAAAUCAAGUUUAUUGUCUCCAACACCAACUCGUCUCCCACUACAUCUACUGUAAACAAAAAAGUGCACCGAUUCAUAACAAACGUCAAAACAAAAGUGUAAGGAAAAUAAUGUCGCAAAUAUUGUAAAAGAGGGGUUCCUACCUUUUGAUCUCUCUCCGGAAUACUGGAUUGCCGCCUGCAACUCCCUGCAGGUCGUGCGGGGCCAUCUGCUAGAGUGGCCCAAUCAUGGAAGCUUCAGGCACGCGGGAACCUUCGUGAGAGGGAGUGGGGACGCGACAUUUAAUGUGAUCUCCACUUUAUCUCAAAUAUUCGAAUCAUCCUACUACUGAGAAUCACGUAUGAAGGAUCAUCUUCUUCGCAAAGGGGAAGCAUCAUUUUUCUUCAUGGGGCUCCAACUCAGUCAUACAGUUAUCGAGAAGUAAUGUCUCAGAUGUCAGAAGCUGGUUUUCGCUGCUUUGCUCCUGAUUGGAUUGGAUUUGGUUUUAGUGACAAACCUCAACCAGGAUAUGGGUUUUCGUACACAGAGGAAGAGUUUCACAAAGAAUUUGACAAGCUUCUUGAUAAGCUAAAUAUCAACUCACCUUUCUUCUUAGUGAUUCAGGGAUUCCUUGUUGGAUCAUACGGAUUGACUUGGGCUCUAAGGAACUCUGAUAAAGUCUCCAAGAUUGCAGUUCUCAACAGUCCGUUGAGUGCUAGAUCCUCUUUACCUGGCUUGUUUCAAAAACUAAGAAUCCCUCUUAUUGGAGAGUUUACAUGUCAAAAUGCUAUAAUGGCUGAGCGUUUUAUCGAAUCAGGUAGCCCUUAUGUACUGAAGUUGGAGAAGGCUGAUGUAUAUCGACUGCCUUACCUUGCAAGCAGUGGCCCUGGGUUUGCACUGCUUGAAGCUGCAAGGAAGGCAAAUUUCAGGGAUGUAUUGAACAGAAUAGCAGCCGGAUUUUCAUCUACAAAUUGGGACAAACUAAUGCUGCUUGCAUGGGGAGCGUCAGACAAGUAUUUGCCCGUCGCCGAAGCCGAGGCAUUUCAGAAAACUAAUCCUGAAGCAAUCCAGCUUAAGGUGAUAGAAGGAGCUGGUCAUAUGCCACAGGAGGACUGGCCUGAGAAGGUUGUUGAAGCUCUUAGGAGGUUUCUGUGAACAAAGCCACAUGGGACUUCUAUGUUUUUGAAAAUUUUCUUUGUGAAAUUUUUAUUUAGGAGUUCUUUCUUUUAUAGAAUGGCUGCUCUGUCUCUUCAUUUUCCAUCUGUAAUGCGAGGAAUUCAAUAAUCUUUGGAGAAGUCCUCUAUAGAUUAUAGUUAUUAUUUAAGGGUAGUGUUUCUAUUCCUUAUACAACAACUAUGGUUCUUAUU